AUGGAUUGGAGAAAGCUUUUUGGCUGCUCGGAGGGUCUUAAUUUGGAAUACCAUCCGCCUAGGGUUAGCGAAGGUAUGAUCUCCGUUCACCCUCCUCCUGAGGUCCUAGAUGCUGGAAUCGAUGAAUGGAAGCUCUCAAUUGUUGGCCAAUGUCUCGGUGCUGCCCCAAAUCUUGCAUCUAUGCAACGUAUCGUCAACAAUCUCUGGAAGAGGGCUCUCGGGGGCAGUAAGGCUCAGGUAAGUUUCGCAGGUAAUAACCAUUACGUUUUUUCCUUUGAUUCUGAAGCAAUUAGGGAUUGGGUUCUUGAAUCGGGUCCCUGGCAUAUCCUCAAUAAGCCCCUGAUUUUAAGAAAAUGGGAACCCAACUGGAAUAGAUUACAUUUCGAUUUAUCUCGCAUUCCAGUCUGGGUUAACCUUUUCAAUGUUCCCCUUGAACUUUUCUCUAGAACCGGUUUGAGCUACAUAGCUAGUUCCUUAGGCUCCCCCCUCUCCAUGGACUCUGUCACUGCUACUAAAUCACACUUAGAAUACGCUAAAGUUUGUAUUGGGAUUGGGGUUAACGAUGCUAUCCCCAAAUCUGUUAAUGUGGUUCUCAAGGAUGGUAAAUCCAUCUCAGUAGUGGUCGAUGUCCCUUGGCUCCCUAUUAGCUGUAAAAAAUGUUGUGUCUUUGGUCACAGUGAUAAGAACUUCGUGGGAGGCAUAGAACUCUUGCAAGAAACUGAACAAUCUAUUCCUAUCCCAGUUGAAAAUGCUCCAGUUGACUCUAUGUCCGAGCCAACUGUUAUUUUAGCUGAAGGUUCAGUUGACCUUCCUAAAAAUUAUGAAGUUGCUAUCAGUGACCAUAACGUAGGAAAAGAAAUGGACCCCAAUAAAUCUACUGAUGAUUCUUCUGAGAAUUUAAGUCCUCAGCUUUCUAAUCCAAUUCGUGGUAGGGGCAGACCUGUAAAAAAUAAAUCUAAAUUAACACUACCAGAAUCAAAAAACAAAUUUGACAUUCUUAGUGUUGAGGAAGACCCUGCAAAAAUUCCUGAAAGUCAGCAAAGAAAAAUUAGGACUGCUUCCUUAGGCGUUGCAAACCUAGUUAAUGAAUUAAAGCUGAAAAAGAAAGACAAGUUAAUCAAAGCUAAAAAAGUUGAGAUAGAAGGUAGUGGAGCUACCCUUAAAAAUAUUAGGACUGUUUCUUUAGGCGUUGCAAACCUAGUUAAUGAAUUAAAGCUGAAAAAGAAAGACAAGUUAAUCAAAGCUAAAAAAGUUGAGAUAGAAGCAGUGUAUGGUAGCAAUGACGGUAGGGAAAGAAGACUCCCUUGGCAACACCAAAGGGACUUAGAUAGAAAUUUAGGCCACUUCCCUUGGAUCAUUGGUGGUGAUUUCAACAUCAUCCUGAACUCUAAUGAAUCUUCUGACUUUGAUCUUUUAGGUCCUUCAUCUCUCUCUGAUAUAAGAUAUUUUCAGGAUAUUCUCUCGGAUCUUGAUCUUUUUGAUCACCCCUAUUUUGGUCCAACUUAUACUUGGAGCAAUAAACAACAAAUUUCUUUUCUAGCUAGAAAACUUGAUAGGGUUCUUACCAAUCAUAAUUGGAUCAGUUCUUUUCACUCUUCCCAUGUUGAGCUCAUUGCUCCUGGAAUUUUUGACCACUGUCUUGCUCUUCUAUGGACUCACAAAGAGAUUCUUUUUUCCAAGCUUAAGCGCCUUAAACCCCACCUUAGAGCCGUUAAUAAUUCCUUCUUCAGCGAUCUCUCUUCUUGGGUUAAUCUUAAAAAAGCUGAAUUAGAACAGCAGCAGCUUAAAACCCUCAAGGGUGAAGCCUGUUAUGAUUUGGAAAUUCCAUUACAUAAAGAUCUUAAGCUUCUUGAGGAUGCUAAAACUAUGUUCCUAAAGCAAAAAUCCAAGGUUCAGUGGCUCAAAGAAGGGGACAAAUGUUCUAAAUUCUUCCAUUCCGCUAUUGCCCUUAAAAAUAAAAGAGACACUAUUAGACUGUUGAUUGAUGAUCAUGGCAAUAUAUUAGAAUCUUUUGAUGCUAUGUCCUUUGAGAUGAUCAACUUUUUCUCUAAUCUCCUUGGCUCUACUGAUCCAAAUAUCAAGCAUAUUGAUCAUAAUUUGCUAAGAGAUCUCCUUCAUUCUUCUCUGCCUGCUGAUCUGGUUGCAAAUCUUAGCAAAGACAUUACUAAGAAAGAAAUUAAAGAUGGUUUCUUUAGUCAAGGAAAUGACAAAGCCCCCGACCCAGAUGAAUCCUACAUUCUUCCUGCUUUCAAUGCCACAACUAUUUCUUUGAUUCCUAAGAUCCCUAAUCCUAGUAAGAUUGCCUUCGUGAAGGGCAUAUCCAUUGUUGAUAACACCCUUCUUUCCCAGGAAAUAGUGAGAGGUUACAAUAGGAAAAAUAUAUCUCCUCGUUGUUCAAUGAAAAUUGAUCUCCAUAAAGCCUUUGAUUCUCUUAACUGGGAUUUUUUAUCUGCUGUUUUAAAGGCUUUGGACCUCCCUCCCAUUUUUAUUUCUUGGAUUGAAUCUUGCUACUCGACUGUAAGCUUUUUUGUUUCUUUAAAUGGGAGUUUGAUUGGUUAUUUUAGAGGAGCAAGAGGUGUCAGGCAAGGGGAUCCUUUAUCCCCUUUUCUUUUUGUCAUUUACAUGAAUGUUCUUUCCAAGCUCUUGAACUUGGCUGCGUCUAAAGGAAAAUUACAGAUAAAGAUUGUUCUGCCCUCAUUGACAUCAUUAAAGAUCGACUACAUCAAUGGUCUGAUCGAACAAUUGUGUUCUAGAUUCUUUUGGAAAGGGGCUGAUAAACCUGCUGCUGGAGUCAGAGUAAGUUGGCGGAAAAUCUGCUAUCCCAAAUCUGAGGGAGGCCUUGGUCUUAAGGAUUUAAAAACCUGGAACAAAGCUUGCAUGAUGAGCCAUAUUAAGAACAUUCUUGCUGGUGAAGGAUCAUUAUGGGUUGCAUGGCUUAAGAGCUAUAUUUUCAAAACUAACAAUUUUUGGUCUAUUGCAGUCAAGUCAAACAUGAGCUGGAGCUUAAAACAUAUUUUGAAGCUAAGGACUGAAGCAUCCUAUAUUCUGCCUUCUGUCUCCAAGAAAAUUGGUGAUAUUUGGAAUGAAAUUAGGGUGAAGAACCCGAAAGUUCACUGGCAAUCUAUUCUUUGGUUUCCUCUCCUAAUUCCUAAACAUAGCCUUAUAUCUUGGAUGGCUUUCCUUGACCGUCUUCUCAUAAAAGAGAGGCUCCACCGAAUGGGGAUCGACAUUGACUACCACUGCACUUUCUGUGGUGCUGGAAUGGAAACAAGAAACCAUUUAUUCCUCGAGUGCCAAGUCGCUACUGCACUAUGGUCUGCAAUUUUCUCCUGUAGUGGCCUUCGGUUUAGACAUCAUUCAUAG